AGUUCAUACUGUACUGGCAUCCCUCCCCGGGGUCCUAUACUCCUAUAUAGAGACCACCCUCCUGGUGCCCAUCUCCCCACUCAUCGCAAUCACCUCUAAACUUCCAGAUAAAAUAUAGUGACCGAUCGAGUUUGCAGUUUUGCUAAGGGUGAUGGGGACCGAGAAAGGCGAGGAAGGAACGGGCGAGGAGCGCGUGGAGGUGCGCACGGGGCCGAGGCCAGCGCUGCCGGCGCCGCAGCAGCGGGCGGUGGACGAGUUCUGGAGGAAGCAGCAGGAGGAGAUGGAGGCGACGGUGGACUUCAAUGACCGGAUACUGCCCAUGGCCCGCCUCAAGAGGGUCAUCCGCGCCGAGGAGGACGGCAUGAUGAUCGCCGCGGACACGCCGGCGUACCUGGCCAAGCUCUGCGAGCUCUUCGUGCAGGAGCUCGCCUUGCGCGCCUGGGCGUGCGCCCAGUCCCACCACCGCCGCAUCAUACUCGACUCGGACAUCGCCGAGGCCGUCGCCUACACCGAGUCCUACGACUUCCUCACCACCCUGCUCCUCGAGCACCAACGGGAGGCGCGGCUGGUCGGCCGUGCUACUGCUACGCCGGCCACGGCUCCGGCAACGGCGGCGAGGCUCAUCACCAGGAAGCGCCACAUGCCGGACCCGAAUCCUCCGCGGCAGGUGCAUGGGGUGCGGAUAAUUCGUCCACGUGCGCUUCCUAUCACGCCUACUCCGCCGCCGUUGGACGUUCGCUACGUGCCGGUGCCGUUUCCGUUCCCCUCGGCGCCGAUCGGAGCCACAGCGACGGCGGAGGGGCUGAUGAUUCUCCCACCCAUCAACCACGCGACCACGGGUCGCGCGUUCUUCUUGGACCGGAACAGCGGCACUAGCUUCGAAGGUGAAAACUCUGCUGCUGAAACUAUGGCAUCUCCUCCUCAGGCAGGGCCGGCAGAAGCACUGGCGCUGCCCAGUGUCCAUCCUGCUGCUUACUACUUGUGCUCUUACCCGUUGACCAACGACGUUGAGGCCUUUGCCGUUGGCAACACUGAUCCGAUUGGCAUCCCACCGGAGAUUGUAGAGGGAAACGUCGUCGAUGGCGACGGCGACGGCGGACAGCAGCACCACCAGAGCGCAAACGUCGGUGGUCACCGCGAGAGUGUGGUGGUGGAGGUGCAGCGAAGCAGUGAUGUGCAGGAUGCUGGUGCUGGCGGUGCAGGUGGGAUGUUUCUGGAGGAGAUCCUCAUGGAUGAAGACCUGCUGUUUCCCGACGCCGAGCUUUUCCCGUUGGUGGGCGCUGCACCUGGUCCUGAUCCGGAGGAUUUCAUCGUCGACCAAGAUGUUCUCGACGACGUCUUUGCCAACCCGAGCAGCAGCACUGGCAGCGACUGAACAGAAAGGAGAUCAGAGCGGGACGCAGCGUCGUUUGAUUCAUCUGUCCUCUCCCGACAUUACUACAUAUGCCAGCCGCUAUGUAUCAAAUUUGGGAAUAAGUUUGUGUUCGUGCGUGUGACGUGGAACUGUAUGGUUCGCCCGGAAUUUAUCGUAUUGCAAUAUAUAUAAGGGAUGCUACUCAUUCA